AUGCAGGAACAUGAGCCCCUCUGCUACCACUUUUUUCCAUUCUCUCAUUUGCAAAAUGAAGAAAGUCUACGCUCAACCGAGGUUCACGAAAGGGCUGACGCAUACUCAGGCAUAGCGAUGGCCAGAGCUAGGCAAUACCCUGACAACUGGAUGGCAUGUCAUGACCCACCGAGCCAUAGCAGCGUGAGGACUGGGGUCCCUGAUCGGUACACCAGGUCCUUCUCGUCUCUUCGUUAA